GAGAUUCUGUCAGCAAAUUCCUCUGUCUUCAAGCUGCCGAAACACCUGCUGCGGUUUGGACCAGACCAUGGAGGAAGCACCCGCAGCUGAAUCCUCCUCCUUGGGCUUUAGUCUGUGGGACUAUGCAGUGUUUUCCAUCAUGUUGGUGAUUUCUAUGGGGAUCGGACUGUACCAGGCCCUGAAGAAACCCGCGGCUGGUGCUGCCAGUGCAGAGGACUUCUUCACUGGAGGCAGGAGUUUGCCCGCAGUCCCGGUCGGUCUGUCGCUCUGUGCCAGCUUUAUGUCUGCCAUCCAGGUCCUGGGAGUCCCCUCUGAGUCCUCACGAUAUGGCUUUAAGUUUCUCUACAUGUGCCUGGGCCAGAGCAUCAACUCUCUGCUCACAGCACUGCUCUUUCUGCCUGUCUUCUAUCGUCUGGGCAUCACCAGCACCAACCAGUAUCUGCGUUUGAGAUUUGGCCGAGGGAUGCAGCUUCUGGGUAGUGUCCAAUUCCUUGUAGCUACACUGCUUAUACUGGGAUCGUGAUCUACGCACCCUGCUCUGAUCCUCAAUGAAGCCACUGGCCUCAAUCUGUGGUUGUCUCUGUUUUCCACUGGGAUCAUAUGCACGCUGUACACCACACUGGUAAAUGCAGUUUUGGGAGGCAUGAAGGCUGUUAUCUGGACAGAUGUGUAGAUUAUAGUCAUGAUGUCAGGCUUUGUUGCCAUUUUCAUCCAAGGCAUGUUUCUGGUUGGUGGUCCUGGGCGUGUACUGGAGAUUGCCAACAAUGGAUCUCGUAUAAAUUUCAAUGAUUUUGACGUCGACCCUCGCAAGCGCUACACUUUCUGGAGCUUGUCUGUUGGUGGCGCUAUGGUCUGGCUGUCUAUGUAUGGAGUAAAUCAAGCUCAAGUUCAGCGAUAUAUAUCUUGUCGAACAGAAAAAGAUGCCCAGUUGGCUCUUUUUGUCAACCAGGUGGGCUUGUGCCUCAUCGUGGCGGCAGCAACUUGUGGGAUUGGUCAUGUUGGCUAUUACGCCGAGUGUGACCCUCUGAAGUCUGGAAUCGCCUCACCUGAUCUGUACAUGCCAAAUUUUGUGUUAGAAAUCUUUGAUGGCUAUUAUGGGUUCCCAGGGCUUUUUUUGGCUUGUGCGUACAGCGGAACUCUAAGUACUGCCUCCACAAGUAUAAACGCCAUGGCAGCUGUGACAGUGGAGGAUAUCUUGCGACCUCAUUUUCCCCAUAUUACACAGUCAAAACUAGUUCUACUUUCUAAAGCUCUGUCCUUUCUGUUUGGAGUCGGCUGCAUUUCAGUCGCUGCUCUCUCCUCAUUCUUGGACUGGGGUGUUCUUCAGGGAUCCUUUACGGUGAUGGGGGUUGUCAGUGGUCCAUUACUGGGAAUUUACAUUUUAGGCAUGUUUGUCCCAGCAGCAAAUAAACUGGGAGCUUAUUUAGGCAUCAUAGCGGGAUAUUUUGUCUCUAUGUGGCUGGCAAUCGGCUCUACUCUUUACCCUCCAAGUGCAGAUACCAUGGGCGUGUUACCCACCUACACCGACAAGUGUGCGUCCAGCAACACCUCACACACCACCUCCUCCAUCUCUGGUUCAACAAGGCUACAGCCCAAAGAGCAUGGGGGGAUCCAUAACUUCUACUCGAUGUCCUAUCUGUACUUUGGAGCCAUGGCAACAAGUUCUGUGGUCUUAGUUGGGCUGAUUAUAAGCUACGCUACAGGGCCUACAAAAAGAGACCAAAUCAAAGAAGGUCUGUUAUGGUGGGACUUAAACAAAAAUAAAGCUGAUAUUCUUUCAGAUCCCAGCACAAACCACAGACAGAUAUUUCCGUCUUUUGUUCACAACACACAGAAAAAGCUACAGCUUCCUUUAAGUCGAACAAGGAAUACAACGGUUGAAAAGACAACACAAUCACAACUUCCAAAGAAGAGACUUUACCAGGGGAAUAACACCAAAGAGGGAGCCCAAGACUGUACAAUGGUUAUGUUGGAACACAUUAGUUAA